AUGGUUGGAAACUACAGGAAUUAUAGUAGAACUUCUAGGAAUCCUAAAAGACCCUUUGAAAAGGAGAGGCUUGAUCAAGAAUUGAAGUUGAUCGGUGAGUAUGGAUUAAAGAAUAAGCGUGAGGUUUGGAGGGUACAAUACGUACUCUCAAAGAUCAGAUCAGCAGCACGUUAUCUUCUUACUCUGGAUCCAAAAGAUAAUAAACGUCUUUUUCAAGGUGAAGCACUCUUGAGACGUAUGGUUAGAUAUGGGUUAAUGAAUGAAAAUGAACAAAAAUUGGAUUUCGUGUUGGGAUUAACACUCUCAAAGCUUAUGGAGAGAAGAUUACAAACUAAAGUGUUCAAAUUGGGAUUGGCCAAGUCAAUUCACCACGCACGUUGUUUAAUCAGACAACGACAUAUCUGCGUUCAUAGGCAACUAGUUGAUAUACCCUCAUUCCUGGUCAGAGUUGAUUCUGAGAAACACAUUGAACUGGCAUUGACAUCGCCAUACGCUGGAGCAAGACCAGGAAGAGUUAGGAGGAAAACAUUGAGAUUACAAAAGGGAGGUGAACAAUCAGAAGAGUGA